AUGAAAAUCGAUCUUAGGAAAGCUUAUGAUUCUAUUUUAUGGCCGUUUGUUGAGGAAAUGUUGCUUGCUCUUAAUUUUCCUAAGCAAAUGGUUCUUUGGAUCAUGUCCAUUGUCUCCUCCCCCAUGUUCUCCAUUUCUAUUAAUGGAUCUUUGAACGGUUUUUUCCCUGGCAAACGUGGUCUUAGGCAAGGGGAUCCUCUUUCUCCCUUGUUGUUUGUUAUCUAUAUGGAAUAUUUGUCCAGAUUGCUUAUGUUUGUGGGUGGGAAACCUGAGUUUUCCUUUCAUCAAAGUUGCAAAAAUAUGAAGUUGAACCAUCUUUGUUUUGCGGAUGAUUUGCUUCUAUUUUGCAAAGGGGAUGUCCAAUCAGUUAGGUUGUUACUCAGUGCUUUCUCUACUUUUUCUGCCUCUUCUGGUUUACAGGCUAAUGAGGCCAAGUCUUCUAUUUAUGCUGCCAAUGUGAAACCUGAUGUGUUAGAUGAUUUGGUCUAUCUGUCCAAAUUCAAGCUUGGUAAAUUGCCCUUUAAUUACCUUGGAGUCCCUAUUUCUUCUAAAAAGUUGAAUGUGAAGGAUUGUGAUAUUUUGGUUGAUAAAAUCACCUUAAGAGUGAGAUCUUGGGGCUCUAAGUCUCUCUCUUAUGCUGGCAGAGUGCAACUUGUGAAUUUUGUGCUUCUUUCAAUGCAUUCCUAUUGGGCUAACCUAAGACUGCUGGUGGCCUUGGUGUUCACAACAUUUUUAGUUGGAACACCGCUUCUGUUGCUAAAUAUGUGUGGGAUGUUGCCUUUAAAGCUGAUUGUUUUGUGGGUCAAGUGGGUGGAUCAUGUUUAUAUGAAAGGUGCUGAUUGGUGGAGCUAUUCUCCAUCGAAAUCAGCAAGUUGGUAUUGGAGAUCCAUUUGCUCUGUCAGGAACAUUAUGGCUACAGGGUAUGGAGGUAACGCUUGGGCUCAACACCCAAGUGGGCUCUGCUCUGUUAGCUCUGGUUACAAAUGGCUGCAAGGUCCCUAUUUUAAGGUAAACUGGCAUAGGUGGGUUUGGAAUAGGCUGAAUGUGCCUCGUCAUAGUUUCAUAUGCUGGUUAGGUGUUCUAGGUUGGCUGCGUACAGCUGCUAACCUGUUCACCAUUGGGGUCAGUGCUGAUGACAAGUGCACCAUCUGUGCUCAACUCCCUGAGACCCACACUCGUCUCUUUUUUGAGUGUUCUUAUAGCAGGAACAUUAUUAGCUUGAUUAAGACUUGGUUGAAUAUCACAUGUUCUAGUUUGCAAUUUAAUCACCUUUGUAGGUGGAUUGCUCGAACCAGAUUAUCUAAAUUCCAGAAAGCAACCAUGUACGCUGGCCUGUGUGCUUGUUUAUAUCAAGUUUGGAUGGUACGGAAUGAAGUGUUAUGGGACAAACGUGUGCAGACAGUUAGCAGCUCUAUUUUGAAGAUUCAAGCUGAUGUUAAAGGGCGAAUUCGCUCUAUUUUGCCUAAGUAUAUGAGCAGUACUGAUUACUGA